GAGCCGGAGGCGAGCGCGUCGCCCGGCACCGGUCCGGCGUCGCCGGCGUCGCCGACGGGCGGCGGGGGCGGAGCGUCGGGGGCGUCGGCGUCGCCGUCGCCGCGCGCCUCGCCGCGCGUGUCGCCCCGGGCGUCGCCGCGCUGCGGCCGCCGCCGCCCGCCGCCGCUGCGCGAGAGCCGGCGCGUGUCCGUCGACCGCUCGGGCACCUACGUGCAGCUCAACCAGUACCGCCUCGAGAAGGACCUCGGACAGGGCUCCUUUGGUGUGGUGAAACUGGCCUACAAUCAAGAGGACGACACGCACUACGCUAUGAAAAUCCUGUCAAAACGGCGACUGCUCAAAAAAGCUGGUGUUUUUGGGCGGCAGGCGCCGAGCCGCGGCGGGUCGGGCGGCACCGCGUCGGGCGGGCAGCCGUCGCCGCUGGAGCGCGUCUACCGCGAGAUCGCGCUGCUUAAGAAGCUGCGCCACCCCAACAUCGUGCGCCUCGUCGAGGUGCUCGACGACCCCUCGGAGGACCACCUCUACCUGGUGUUCGAGCUGCUGGAGCGCGGGGAGGUGAUGCGCGUGCCCACCGACAGCCCGCUGCCCGAGCGCCGGGCCUGGAGCUACUUCCGGGACGCGCUGCUGGGCGUCGAGUACCUGCACUUCCAGCGCAUCGUGCACCGCGACCUGAAGCCGUCCAACCUGCUGCUGGCGGCGGACGGGCGCGUGCAGAUCGCCGACCUGGGCGUGUGCUCCGAGUUCGAGGGCAACGACGCCGCGCUCUCCUCCACCGUGGGCACGCCGGCCUUCCUGGCGCCCGAGGCGCUGGGCGGCGGCGCCGGCCGCUUCUCGGGCCGCGCGCUUGACGUGUGGGCCCUCGGCGCCACGCUCUACGCCUUCGUCUACGGGCAGGUGCCGUUCAGCGCCGACUCCGUGCCUGCCCUGUACCGGCGCAUCCUCAGCGAGCCCGUGCGCUACCCGGAGCAGCCGCAGGUGUCGGCGCCGCUGCGCGACCUGGUGGCGCGCCUGCUGGAGAAGGACCCGCGGCGCCGCAUCACGCUUCCAGACAUCAAGGUGCACGAGUGGGUGACGGACGGCGGCGCCGCGCCGCUGCCCUCCGAGCAGGAGAACUGCCAGCGCGUGGAGGUGACGGAAGAGGAGGUGGAGGCCGUGGCGCAGAGCAUCCCGCGCCUCGGCACGCUGUGCCUUGUCAAAGCCAUGCUGAAGAAGCACUCGUUCCAGAACCCGUUCGGAGGCGGCAGCGGCGCGCGGCGGGCUGGCAGCGCGUCCACGGAGCGGAAAUCAUCUAUCGAUGCAAUGCUCCCAGCCCUACGUGAGAUAACAUCACCAGAAAACAACAAAACUGGAAGCAUAGGAGGGCAGAGAUGAGACCUGCAUAUAUGCAACAAUCUACUUUAUCCGACACCAUGGUUUCGGUUUUCCAAUUUAUGUAUGGGGUCGUAGUGAUACUGUUGUUCCAAGUUGUCAUUAUCAUUAACAUUCAUUUGCAAUUUUAAAUUUUAUAUUAGAGGUUUUAUAAGUUUAUUGACAAAGUGCAUACCAAAUGCCAAGAAGGUGAACAUUUUUGUUCCAAGCAUUUGAAAAUAAAUUUGACAAUUAUAUGUAUGUUGACAGGGACCAUGGAAAUGUGCAUCCAUUGUAUUUUAUCCAUUUUAGCAUGAUAGUACUAAGAGUUAAGUGUAUUGUAGCCUUGUGUCCAGUAAAAUGGACUUAAUAUCAUAUGUGGGAUUGUUGCAGAGCUGCCAUGUUGUCUAUCUGGCGAUUUUAUGUGCCUCAAGAAGUUUCUAAGAAAUAUUUUAUGUAAACUAGACACAAGGUUAGAUAUGUCUGUUAGAUCUUCAAUAAAGGACUACCAUUCUGAUGAAUUACUAAGACUUGAACUGUUUUAUAGUAAUAUGUGUGGGAUUAAGAAACAUCAAAAUCAAAGUUUCAAGAAUGAAUGCCUAUUGUAGACUUAAGUUUUGUUGUUGUUGGGUUUUGUUUAUAUUUCUUGGUUUUGUGGCAAUUUAAUAUAUUUAAAAAGUCUACCUAAGAUCUGAAUGUUAAAUUUCAUCAUCAUUUUGUUUGUAAAAAUAAAAGAAAAGGUAACCAUUAAA